AUGGCCGCGCGACAGCCAAGGUUUAACCAACAGGUGCUCAUAGACACCACCCCUCUGCCCGACAACAUUCCCAAAGUUACAGAGAUCGGAGCCAGCUCGGCGCCGCUACUCAGCGCUUCCUACUUCAUUGGCGCACGAUGCAAGCCGUACAAUGACGACUAUAUGGUGUGCAAGACGGAGGCCAAUGGCAAGGGGGAAAUGGAGUGCAUGAAGGAGGGGAGGAAGGUUACCAGAUGUGCGGCGAGCGUACUCGACGAUAUAAACAAGCACUGCCUGCAGGAGUUCCGGCGGCAUUGGGAGUGUCUCGACAACAACAACCAGCAGCUGUGGCAGUGUCGAGGAGCGGAGAGGCAGCUGAACAAGUGCGUUUUUGAGAAUCUGAAACUGGAAAAGGUUAUUCCUGGGACGCCGGAAGGGGAGACGCCCGUGCAUCUGCGGAAGAGGCAGAUAUACGCGCACUAUUAG